UCACAAUUUCCCAGCAUUUAAAAAAAACAUAUUUUUUUCGUACAUACAACAAAAAUAUCUAUCCGCAUUCCAAAUAAUUUGCUCGUCGAUUUACGCACAGCAGAAGUAGUAACAGUAGGCAUGUAGACGCGGUAUAAAUCUCCAUUGAUGUCUGGAUUGCAGAAUAAAUAUAUUGUAGCUUUUCCACUACACAUAUGUGGGAAUUUAUCAUAUUGAGGGUUUAAUGAUUUCCAAGGGCCAGACAGGGUCGACCUUUUUUGGGUGAUAUUUGGAGAUUCAUUUCCGUGUAUAGAGAGUUAAAAUUUGCUUUUUGUGAGGGUUUUGAUGGCACACUAAAUUGAAUAGUUUGAGAGCACUUCAGACUGAUUGCUUCUCUUUUAUACAAGGAUACAGACUAUUCUGACAAGAAUUUCUUGAACAAUGUCUCCGUCUCCUUCGAAGAGAAGGGAUUCUGUAAUGCGUGCAAAUGAUAAACACAGCAGGAGGCACAGCAGGAAAGACAGAAGUCGUUCACCCUAUCGAAGUUCUCACAACAGGCACAAAAGCCGUUCACCCUCCCAAAGAUGGCAUGGAAGUACUUCAACAUCACCAAGACGACAGCGGCACAAGAGGCACAGAAAUAGGAGUGCUUCAAGGUCUCCAGCAAGGAAGUUGAAAAGUCCAAGUCCCAAAUUGUCUGAGCGUAAACAAGACACUGAGAGAGCUCGCAAGGAAGAAGAAGAGAAGAAAAGGCGUCAGCAAGAGGCAGAAUUGAAACUUUUAGAAGAGGAGACAACGAGGAGAGUUGAAGAAGCUAUUCAAAAGAAGGUGGAGGAAGCAUUGAAUUCCAAGGAAGUUCAAUUAGAAAUACAGAUGUACACAGAAGAUUCUAGGAAGAAGAUGUUUGAAGAUGUUGCUGUGCAGCUUCAGAAGGAGAUGGAAGAGAAUCUUUCUAGUUCAACCAAGAAAGAAUCUAUUCAUUUACAGGACCAAGCAAGAAAGGAAAAGGAAGAUCUAGACAGAAUGCUGGAGGAGAAUAAGCGUAAAAUUGAAGAGGCACAGAGGAGAGUGUCAAUGGAACAGCAGCAUGAAGAGGAGCAACGGUACUGGGAGUUGGAGGCUCUUCAACAACAGAAAGAGGAGGCCGUUAGACGCAAAAAGCUUGAAGAGGAACAAGAACGCAUAGAGCAAAUGAAGUUGUUGGGUAAAAAUAAAGCUCGACCCAAACUUUCUUUCACACUUGGUUUCAAGUGACAGGAAUUUCUGAACUCUAUGAUCCUAUUAUGUUCUAAUUGUAGCAUUGUGGAAGCAUCCUUCAAGUUUCUUCAAAUGCAAAAGUUAUAGAUUUGUUUUUCAUGUUUCAUAUAAUUGGUCACUGAUGUCCAUAACAUAUCAGCUCAAAAGAAUUCACUGAAUCUAUUUUUCCUUAAAAGGAUUUGUAGUUAAAUCUUGGAAAA